AUGCAGUUGGAGUGCCAGCACGUUGACUCGCAAUUGCUGCCGAGGCUCCCUUGGGAAGCAUCUCCCACAGAUGACUUCUUGUCAGCCGAAGUGCUUCUUGGACGCUGGGUUGAUUCGCAGGGCCACUCCAUCCAUGUCCUUUCCACGGAUGCCUUCGAUGUUAGGCUGCUAGCGAAAAUGAAAAAGAAGAUGAGCCCGGACAAGCAUUUGGCACUGAAGCCAAUCAGGCUGGGUGGAGGAUGGCAGUGCGGGCACUCUAUUCUGGAUUCUUCCUGGAGCACAUCGGCACAGCUGCACUGGGUGGCAGGGGAUGGCCACGUCACCGUGUGGGUGCGUCCCCAGGCGAAAACGAGGAAAGACAAACUGCAGGAUGUGGAUGACCAAUCACAUCACACCUCCUCAGGGAGUUGCAGUCCAUUGCACCUGGAGGCUCAGGCCGAUAAGCCUGUUCCUUGA